AUGUUCAGCAACACUGAGAUGAGUCUGAAGGUUACUGGGAUUGACUUUCUGAAGAGCCAGAACACCCGGCAGCACCACACGGAUGGGUACAACAUCAAGAACCUGGUGGUGCGGCGCGGGCAGCCCUUCCAGGUGCAGAUCAGCCUCAACAGGGAGCUGAGGCCUGCCGACAAGCUGUCCCUGCGCUUUGGCAUUGGUGAAAAUCCAAUGAAAAACAGGGGGAGCCUGCUGUCACUGAAACCGGAGCAGGAAGAUUUCAAUGGGUGGAAAAUCUCCCUUGUCAAGAAGAAUGGCAAAGAGUGCCUGCUGUCUGUCACCAGCUCACCCAAUGCCCCUGUAGGAAAAUACAACCUGCAUGUGAAGACUGGCACUAACAUUUAUAAGCAUGAAAAUGGUGCCAUCUACCUUUUGUUCAAUCCUUGGUGUGAAGAUGAUGUUGUCUACAUGGCCAAUGAGGCACAGAAGAAGGAAUAUGUGCUCAACGACACUGGCUACAUCUAUGUUGGGUCUGCGUACAGCAUCUACAACAGACCCUGGAAUUUUGGGCAGUUUGAGGAAUUUAUCUUGGAUGCUUGCAUGUAUCUACUAGACAAAAGCAAGCUCAGUCUGAAUGAUAGAAGAGAUCCUGCAAAUGUGUCCAGAGCUAUGUCUGCUUUGGUUAAUGCCAAUGAUGACAACGGAGUUCUGCUGGGGAACUGGUCAGGAAAUUACAUCAAUGGAACAUCCCCUAUGGAUUGGAUUGGUAGCGUCACCAUUUUGCAGAACUACUACAAAACCAAGAAGCCGAUCCGUUAUGGCCAGUGCUGGGUCUUUGCAGGAGUCCUCAAUACAGUCAUGCGUUGCCUGGGAGUCCCAUCCCGCUGUGUGAGUACUUUUGAUGCGGCCCAUGACACGGAGGAGAACCUGAGAGUUGAUGUUUACCUAAACGAAAGAGGAGAAAAGCUGAACUCGCUGUCCUUCGACUCUGUCUGGAACUUCCACGUGUGGAAUGAUGUCUGGAUGAAGAGAGCAGACCUGCCCAAUGGGUUUGAUGGCUGGCAGGCAAUUGAUUCAACUCCUCAGGAGCAAAGUCAAGGUCGUUUCCAGUGUGGCCCAUGCCCAGUGAAGGCUGUCCGGGAAGGAGAUGUGUAUUUGCCCCACGACAGCAAGUUUGUGUACGCAGAAGUGAAUGCUGACAGAGUCUACUGGGUCGUCAAGAAGGUGAACGGCAAGGAGAAGUACUUCAAGGUUGGCACAGAGACCCAAGCCAUCGGCAAGAACAUCAGCACAAAAGCCGUGGGGCAGAACAGGCGGGAAGACAUCACCUGGGAGUACAAAUACCCCGAAGGCUCCAAAGAGGAAAGGAUGUCUAUGCAAAGAGCUUACAGCUUUAUACGUCCUUUGGGAUUGACGCCUCGUUCAGGCUAUGCUUCGACUAUACAGACACUAAGUGGGAACACCCAGCCUUUGGUCCCGAAGGAGCCAGUCACCAAGACUGGGCUCCAGCUUGAGAUAACCAAUACAGAAGCUUUGCAUCCUGGCAAUCCCCUUGAAAUGGCCAUCACAGUGAAGAUCUCUGCUCCUGGGAACUGGACCGUUGACCUUACUGGCUCCUGCCAGCUGCAGUACUAUACUGGAAAAGUUCAGGCCAAUCUUGGAACUAUCAAGGAAACCAUCAAUCUUGAAGGCACAUCUGAGAUGCAGAUCCCCCUGAAAAUAGCACCUGACGCAUACAUGAAGACACUGUCCUCCGUGGAAGAUGAAGUGCUCAUCCUUGUCACUGCCAUUGCUGAGGUCAAGGAAACGAAUGACAAACUCACUAAGGAGAGUUCAAUGAGAUUUGAGUAUCCCCCCAUCACUGUCCAGAUGCCAGAAACAGCCAAACUGUACAAUGACUUCACCUGUGCAUUCAUCUUCAAGAACAAGCUGAAUGUGACCCUGGAAAACUGCAAACUGCUGGUGGAGGGCUUGGGCAUAUUUAAGAUGACAACGUUUGAGCAGGGGGAUAUAAUGCCUGGCAGGAUCAUGAAGUCUGAAAUAAUAUGCACUCCGACAAGACUAGGAGAGAAGAAAAUCGUAGCCAAGCUGAUCUCAAACCAGAUCAAAGGAAUCUCUACUGAGAAGGCCAUCACCAUCACUGAGUAG